AUGUCUGGGCUGCAAGCAACGGCACAUCAGAGUAUGCUCUCGAUCGUCUUCUCACCACCACUGGAACUGACGGACAACCGCCAACAGUGCGACCAACAAGGCCCUCCCUGCGCCAACUGCAUAGCUCGAUCGACCAGCUGCACCUACCCAGCCGCCGCCGCCAAACGGACCUCUCCUUCCUCCUCAUCCUCCAACGAACCCAUCCCGCACGCCAGCCCCAUGAUCCCGCGCAACUCGGCCCUCUCCCCGCGCCUCCCCACCGCCGCCUCCUCCACCUCCAACGCCGCGCGCCUCCUCGAGCUCGAACUCCUCCACCGCUGGUCCACCCGCACCUACGCCAGCUUCUGCUCCAUCCCCCGCGACCACGCCAUGAUGCAAACCGAGCUCCCCCAGCAAGGCCUCCAUCAGCACUCCUGGCUCCUCGACAGCAUCUUCGCCCUCGCCGCCCUCGACCUAGCCUCAACCAGCACCAGCAGCAACCCGACAUCCACCAGCACCACCUCCCAACAACACCAACACCAACAACGCCAGCACCACUACGCCCGCACCGCCCUCACCUACCACACGCGCUCCCUCCGCGCUUUCCGCGCCGCCGUCACCACCAUCACCCGCGACAACUGCCAGCCGCUCUACCUCGUCGGCGUCACCGUCGCCGUCACCCACCUCGCCGCCCUGCACGUCGACGUCGCCGGCGCCGCACUGCCCUGCAUUAAUACCAGCGCCGCCCAACAACGACAACACCAUUACUCCCCCGUCCUCCCACCCGUCCUCCCCGCCAUCCUCGCCUUCUUCGACCUCAUGCGCGGCGCCACCGCCGCCAUCCUCGCCGCCCGGAGUGGGGAUAGCGACAGCGGUGACGGUGGUGGCAGUGGUACUGGCAGCGUCGGCUUCAACUGGCUGCUCCAGAGCAUGGAGUCGCUCCGGAUCGUCAUGGGCAUGGCGCCGGCGACGGCCGAGGCGCACCUGGACGGGGGGACGCGCGCGGCGCUGGCGCGGCUGGGGCGCGUGUGCGAUUCGUGGCUGUGUGGGUGGGAUGGGGGUGGGGUUAAUGGUUUCGGUGGUCCCGGUCUCACUACCACUGCGGAGGGGGAUCGGGCGGAUGCGGCUGUAGUCCAGACGGAAUCGCAGACGUCGACGCACCGCACGCUAUACGCCCGCGCCAUCCUGCCGUUCCUGGAGCGCGCCUUCGCCGAGGACGCGCGCGCCGCCAUCGACGUCUUUUGGCUCGGCUUCCCCAUCGUCGCCGGCCGCGCCUUCAGGGACGCCGUCGAGCGCGGGCGGCCCGUCGCGCUGCUGGUGCUGAUGCAUUGGGCCGUGUUGGUCGAGCGGCACGGCGCCAGGGCGUGGUGGGCGAGCGGCGUGGGGAGGCGGCUCGUCGUCGAGGCGGAAGAGGCGUUGUCGGUGUCGAUGGGCGGCUGCUGGCCGCCGGAGGAGUAUCGUGAGGGGUUGGGUGGUGGUGGAGGAGGAGGAGGAGGAGGAGAGUCGAUGCUGGAGUUUUGGGAGUCGGUGGCUUGGGCGAGGAGGGAGGUGGGCUUGUUGGAUGAUGAUGGUGGUGGUGGUGGUGGUGGUGAUGCGUUUGGGUUUGAGGUUUUGGAGCUCGGUGGGAAUGUGUAA